UCUGAUGCAUUUUCAUCCCUGAUUCGACCAAGCGGAAGCUCAGUGCACGCAGUGUUACAAGCGGUGUAAGAGUGGGAAGAUGGAAACUGAUGAGAAUAAUGCAGAAUGUGCAAAUAAUCAUGAUACAAGUAAUGAGACCAAACAGGAACCAGAAAGUGCGAGUAACAUUCGUAGCAAAGAAGAAGUUGUUGGGAUUCAAGAGGGAUUCCAAGCUAAGAUAUUUGCUUUAGAACUGUUGGGUCCAUGUGUGUAUGGAGCUAUGGAAGAUGUCAAAUUUGGGACAAGCAGAGAUGAAUGUGCUGCAUCAGGUGUUGAUGUUCCCAUAGACACACACAUUCAGGGCAGUCCAAAUGGUGCACAUUCUUUCGCUCUCCAUGAUAGUUUAGAAGACAUCAUUGAUCAUGAGGAAUGCAUUGGUGAUGGAGGUGGAGAACAGGAAGCUACUCUGAAGAUUGACACCAUCAUGGCAUCACCUGGUGAUUCUUGUGCCAGUUGUCCAGUGAAGCUAGAGAGUGCUCAGUCACAGGGAAUUGCUGAUGACAGUGGAAACAUUAGUACUAUUGAAAAUGAGCGUGAGAAUGAACACAAAGGUAAAAUAGGACCUUUUAAGAACACUACAAAUAACACUGAAUUAAAAAGGGAAUCUCAUUCAGGAAGUUCAGAGGUAAAUGGGAACGAUGUUUAUCUGGAAAGAAUGUCUACUGGACUUACAGACACAUAUUCUCGUGUUACUGCACAGACCGAGAACAAAAUUCAGUCAUGUUUAAAGAAAUCGGAAUUGCCUGUUAAAAAGAGAGUUUCAUUCAAGACUGGUCAUCAUAGUACUGAAACAAGACAAACGGAACACAGAUGUGAUAUAGGAAGUCUAGCAAUGAAAGGGUCCAUAAGACAUCCAGUCAUUGCAAAAUUAGGGAGAAAAGUGAAACUAGAACUGGAAAGGAUAAGUUUACCUUUGAAAGGGGAGUGCCACAAUGCAACUUCAGUUGGUGCCAAACUUUCUAACAGGGAUGUACAAAGAACUGUGAAGACAAAGAAAUCUGUAUUGGAUACUGGCGAUAUCAGGUCCUCAAAGAGAUAUAAGACAGUGAGUUUAAUUUCAAACAAAAAUGUGUUCACAGAAAACAGAUCUAUCAUGAAACGCAAUAGACACAGUAAAUCAAAACGAAGAAAAUCAGCUCCUGUAAUCAAAAGAAACAAACAGUUCAGUGAGGUAUGUGACUGUGAAGUUAAGUUAGAAAGACUGUCACCAGAAUUUCUGAGAAGAGCUUUAUCCGGACAGAAGAAACAACAAAGCGUAGAAACAAGGUCCAUGACACGGGUACACCAAAGACAUAAGACUGGCAAUUCAUUUUAUUUUCAGAAGCCUGAAGACACAAAUAAUGGUACAAAAGAAAAGACUGAUGGAAGUUUUAAAAUGGAGAUUAUUGAUGAUACGUGGGGAAGUGAUAGGAUCGACGCAUGGGGAAAUGUAAGAUACCUCUUAAAAGGACACAGUAAUCUCAGUGAAUGUGAGGAAGACUGGUAUGGUUGGUGGGUACGUGUUGAUUCUCUCCACAAAUUCUGUGAUGCUCACCUUUAUAGUAUAUCAGAUGGUGUGACAGACUCUCGCAUCAUGGUUUGGGAUAAUACAUUUGAAGCAAAGCCAGCUCCUCAGAACAAUACAGUUCGAGUACCAGAGCAAGCAGAAUAUGCACAUGAAGAAAGUCAAGACACGGACGAAGAUUGGGCUGGUUGGAAGGUGCUCUGUAUAGAGAAAAGCGUAGCAGAUGUGGAUUCCUUUGGUUUUUCAGAUGAGGAGGCGGGUGAUUUUUAUGGAUGGUGAAUUAUUCAUAUUCCAGAAAUCACAUGUCCAAACAUGUUAGGCUGUGAGUUUGUAUACAGCCAGUUCAUUUAUCCCAGAGUCUUGUGGAGCAUUUUUCACUUGGGAGGAGGGCGUUGAUUGCCUAGUAAGGAUUCUAAUGUCAUCACACAAUUACAAACUGGUAACAAUUUCAUAUCAGUGGCAUCCAAUUUUCCCUUUCAUUGCCAUGGUGUAAAUAAUUGUAUUUGUUUUAUAGCUGGAAGAUUUUUAUACAGUCUCAAACUGGUCUCACAGAACUCCUUAACUCAUUGCAGACGGGCGAUUUAAAUAUUUAAAUCACCCUGGGGCCGCCAUUAUUAAACCUACUAUCCCAACUUGUGCACUGUUCACUU